AUGGUGUUCUACAAUCUCAAGGCGCUGAUCAAGGCGAUCCGCUCGACUAAGACGAUCGCGGACGAGCGCGCGCUGAUCGUCAAGGAAUCGGCCGUCAUCCGAACUAGCUUCAAAGAGGAAGGCGAGUCAUUAAAGUCACAUCGAUGAUAUACGGAACUAGGCUGUUGCGGUGAAGGCGCCGGCUUGUCGUGGCUCUGUGAUUACGUGCUCCGGUGGAGUCGCGUGGCAUACUUGAGCCUCCGGUUCCUUGGUGGUGCCGAUACGGAGCAACAUCACGUCGUAAUCGCUACGCCGUUGCAACAACGAAAUAUUCGAUCACACUUGCCCGCAAAACGUUUCACUGACACGCCUCGGAUGCCUCUCACUGCGCCGCCAAACAGACUCGUUCACCCGUCACCACAAUGUCGCCAAGCUGCUCUACAUCCACAUGCUCGGGUACCCCGCCCACUUUGGCCAGAUCGAAUGCCUUAAACUUGUUGCAUCACCUCGGUACGUCCUCCUCACGUCCGAUGUGACCCGACGUGCUCUCUGUCGCGAAGCUGAACCUCUACCGACCUUCAUCCGCUGCAGCUUCAGCGACAAGCGACUGGGCUACCUCGGCAUCAUGUUGCUUUUGGACGAGAACCAAGAAGUGCUGACGUUGGUGACCAACUCGUUGAAAAAGUGAGUGACGCUCCAAAGGUAGAAGCUCAGACUCUUAGCGAGCCUGCGGACUGAGUCGUGCCCGUAAACGCCUCCCCACCACAGUGACAUGAACCACUCGAACACUUCGACCGUGUCAAUCGCUCUGUGCACCUUUGCCAACAUCGCCUCGGAAGAGAUGUCGCGCGAUCUCGUCACCGAAAUCGAGCGGUGUCUCGGCUCGGGCAACGCCUACAUUCGCAAGAAGGCGGCCCUCGCGGCUUUGCGGUGCAUCUACAAGGUGCCGGACCUUGUUGACCAUUUCGAAGGGCGAUCGACGAGUUUGCUUAGCGAUAGGAAUCAUGGUGUGCUGCUCACGGGUGUGACGUUGGUCACCGAGAUGUGCCGACUAGUCGGUGGUGAUCCGUUCCGACAGGUCAGUUCACACCGGGGGUCCAGAGACCUCGGACCAAGACUUACGCAUUCCUCACUCUCACAGGCCGUGCCUUUGCUCGUCCGCCACUUGAAGGCGCUCGUCACGACAGGGUACAGCCCGGAGCACGAUGUCUCAGGCAUCACGGACCCUUUCCUGCAGGUCAAGAUCCUGCGCCUCUUGCGCAUGCUGGGCAAAGACGACGUCGAGGCGAGCGAGGCAAUGAACGACAUCCUGGCUCAAGUCGCCACCAACACCGAGUCGGCCAAGAACGUGGGCAACUCGAUCCUAUACGAGACCGUAUUGACUAUCCUCGAGAUCGAGGCCGAGAGCGGGCUGCGCGUUAUGGCGAUCAAUAUCCUCGGAAAGUUCCUCAGCAACCGUGACAACAACAUUCGGUGAGCAAGGGCACGGGCUUAGUCGGAUCGCAAAUGACCUCGGUCGACUGAGCCAGGUAUGCUGGCCCUUCUUCUCAGAUAUGUUGCCCUCAACACACUCAACAAGGUCGUAGCGAUGGACACGAACGCUGUGCAACGACAUCGAUCUAUCAUCCUCGACUGCUUGCGCGACGGAGAUAUCUCAAUCCGACGUCGCGCACUGGAAUUGUCGUACGCGCUCAUCAACGAGCAGAACGUGCGCGUCCUCAUCAGAGAGCUGCUUGCCUUCCUCGAGGUGGCCGACAACGAGUUCAAGCUCGGCAUGACGACGCAGGUGUGCGCCGCCGCGGAGAAGUUUGCCCCCAACCGACGGUGGCACAUCGACACGGUCUUACGCGUGCUCAAGCUUGCCGGCAACUUUGUCCGCGAGGAGGUCUUGUCAGGCUUUAUCCGCCUCAUCACCCACACCCCGGACUUGCAGUCCUACACCGUCUACAAGCUUUACACUUCAUUGCGCGCCGACGUGUCACAAGAAUCGUUGACUUUGGCUGGUGUAUGGACGAUUGGCGAGUUCGGUGACAUCCUAUUGCAGGGCGGCACAACACCGGCCGGUGGGGACGACGAAGAAAGCGCCGGCUCGACCACUAGUGAGGCGGUCAGCGAGAAGGACGUACUUGACCUCAUGGAGAAUGUGCUCAUCUCGCCCUACACGAACAACACGAUCCGCGCCUUUGUCCUGACGGCACUCACGAAGCUCUCGACCCGGUUCGAAGGCGCCGCUCAGCUCGCCCGCAUCUCCAAGGCCUUGCAUUCGUUCGACUCGAGCGUCGAGCUUGAGCUGCAGCAGCGCGCAAUUGAGUUCGGGGCUUUGCUCAGCAUGGAUUCGAUCAAAACAGGCGUUCUGGAACGCAUGCCGCCUCCUGAAUUGCGGCCGACAGUCAUGGGCACCGUCAGCGAGAAGCGACCGGUGGGAUCUCUUCGGAGGGACAAGGACGUACGUGGACUAGCCCAUCAGACUCAAUAUGUAUGCCCAAACUAAGUAAUAUUUCUUCUUCUAUCUCCGUAGGCAUUACUCGAUAUUGACCUCAUGGGCGAGGACUCGGGUGCUUCCGCCGCGAAGGUGUCGGCACCGGCAGCGCGUACCCAAACGACGCAGGACCUCUUGGCCGAUAUCUUCGGCUCGAGCAACGACGAACUGGCACCGGCGGCAGCAGUGCCCGCUUCGUCCGUCAACGAUGUUAUGAGCCUUUUCGGUUCGACCUCGAUCUCUUCCCAAUCCGCCACCUCGUCUUCACAAUCCGCUUUCGGCAACGACCUCUUGGGGCUUUCGGGUGGUGCUCCUGCAGGUGCAGCCGCCACUCGGCCAUCACCCGUAGCAGCAGCGCCGACGCCACUGGGUGCUCUCGUGGCCUAUGCGGGCAACGGUCUCCGGAUCACCCUCACGCCGAUGCGCGACAACUCGAAUAAGCUCGUCGUCAACAUCCUCGCCAAGUUCACGGCGACGCAGCCCAUCUCCAACGUCAACUUCCAAGCCGCCGUACCCAAGACGCAGAAGUUGCAGAUGCUCGCCAUGUCCAAGACGGAUGUUGGACCGGGAUCGACCGAGACGCAGCAAUUAAGGGUCAUGGUCGCUGCACCUGGGGCGUUGGUCAGAUUACGGUUGCGCGUUGGUUAUGUCGUGGGUGGGGAGCAAAAGCAGGAGCAGACGGAUUUCUCGUUCCCGGCCGGCUUGAUGGCGUAG